AGUCUCAGUAUCACCUAAAUAAAAGGGGCUAAGAGUGGCAGUGUGUCAGGAACAAUGGCAAGGCUGUGGAAGACCUUUGUAUUGGUGGUGGCCUUGGCUGUGGUCGCCUGUGAGGCCCAACGCCAACUAAGAUAUGAGGAUAUUGUUGAUAGGGCCAUAGAGGUAUACAACCAUGGGCAGCAAGGAAGACCCCUCUUCCGCCUGCUAAGUGCCACUCCGCCUUCUAGUCAGAACCCCUCUGCCAAUAUCCCACUCCAGUUCAGGAUUAAAGAGACAGUGUGCACUUCCGCCCAGGAGAGACAGCCUAAAAACUGCGACUUCCUGGAGGAUGGGGAGGAGAGAAACUGCACAGGGAGAUUCUUCAGAAGGCGGCAGUCAACCUCCUUGACCUUGACCUGUGACAGGGAUUGCAGUAGAGAGCCUACCCAAGUGGCCAGUUUUAACGAUGAUAUAAAGCAAGAUGACUCCGAAGAAGACAAGUUCGAAGGUCUGCCCCCUCACAUCAGGAACAUUUAUGAAAACUCCAAGUACGAUAUCAUCAGCAACAUCCUGAAUAACUUCUAGGGCUGGAAAGAGGAGGGAGGCGCUGCCUGCUUCUCUGACCUCUUUACCUCCACUACCCAUCUCCCCUUGCUGCCUUCAGGACCCACCCCUGCUCCCUACCCUUCCCAGGAACACCCUCUGGAGAGUAGCUCUAGCUCCUAAAACAUCCAUGCCUUUGUCCACUUGCUUCCCUCUGCUGGGCCUUCCAGCUUUACCCUCUAUCUGAAACUCUUACUGACUCUUCAAGGUCCAACCUCCAAAGUCCCCUCCAGUGGGAAGCCUCCUCAAUUCUCCCAGAGCCAAAGUCCUUCCCACAUCUGUUCUUCCAAUCCUCAAACCACACUGGUAAUACCUGCUGUGUCCCCAGCCAGAUGACACUGUAUCUAUUCACAGCUGGGCCUCCUGGGCCAGUUGCAGGUGGCUGUAGGAUGAAUUUUUCAAUGAUGUGCUCUUGGCAUCCUGGGAGGACAAAACCCUGUGGACUCCUGCUCUCUGCCUAGUCACUGUGACACCAAGUGCCCCUUGCCAUACCCAGGCCCCUUAACCCGAUGUGGAAGGUGGGUGGGGUGUGGUCAGGUCACCUUGAGUGAGGCCUAUAAGAGAGGUUCAAUAAAAUGCUUCUGAGAU